AUUUAAUGACGCGGUGAUUCUGGUUACUGCGCUACUUUCGAAGUCGUCUGUAAAGAAGUAUUGUCUGUUUUGUUUGUUUCAGAAUAUGAAAGUUUUUCGUUCCUACUUUCAUGAGUAUUUAAUAUGAUGCUUCUAUGGCUUCAAAUCACAAGAACGUUUGCUUUGCUUUCAAGUAUUUGUGCAUUACAUUCAUAUGUUACGUUCAUCUAAUUCUUGUUUUCUGCCGUUUUUGCAACAAAAAGCUGUCUUACUGGUCUCGUAAGCCUGGUGGGUAUUUAAUUUUUCUCUAUCUUGCAAUGUUUGAACCAGCAGCUUUCAUAUCUUUAGACUUCAGGUUGAUCCCAUUUACAGAUUUUGCGUGUUGAUGGAGGGGAUUGAGGGAAAUUACAAAGGAAUAGGCUAAAAUUGAUUCAUUGAGUAGAUAAAACAAGGCAUAAAGAUGGAAAAAAUGUAUGCGUAAAACAAACGGAUCUGGUGACUAUAAUUUAUUGGAUUUGUUGGAGCGACGUUUAUAAACUUGUUAGUUACUAUUUAAAAUGCUCUUAAAACGGUCUGGUGAGGAAGCCGUGGCCGGAACGUUUGAGACAACGUUCCGAAAACCCCAGUUUGAAGUCACAAAAUAAGUAUCUCCACUAAGAAUCCAUUUUGCUGAUAAUUUUUCCUGCUGAGUCGUUUUUGUUUAUAUGCAUUUGUAAUUAUUUUAAUUCAAGAAUCAUUUCAAAGCAUAUCGGGCAUUUUCGUCUCGAUUAGGCAAUUUUAUGCGGAUAUUUUACGCUGUUUUCCUAACGAAUACUAACUCUGUCGUUUUGCUUAGUCACUGCUUAGCUUUCUCUAAUUGGCCCUGUCCUCAACAAUAUAACUCAUAUAGAGCAAACUAAUGAACCUUCAUAUAUCAGUUAUAACUACUUGAUACAUCUAAUGCCCGGUUUCACACAGCUUCUGAGAUUUACCGGCUUUGAGAUGUAAUACAGGUUCGUUGGGUUUCUCGUAGUUAACUAAUCCAGCUAAGAGUUUCAUCAUUAAACUAGUUCACUAACUUUUUUGAGCCGAAUACCAGUCAGUCAGUUAGUCAGCUACAACGUAGGACCAGGCACAUAUAUGCAUCGGUCCAAGUUGUCAAACCUCAUUAGCACAACAAGAUGAACACCGAAUUCGUAGUAGCUAAACCAGCAGUAGUAAUGUAUAAAUGAAAGAUUGCAAAUAAAGACAGUACAGGAAGAAAGAAUUUGUUCGUAGGAAGAAAGAUAUGAAGCGGUUUUAAUCUCUUAGUUUAAGGGAAGACAAAGAAUGUAUACAGCUACGCCACUGCGAACGAUUCUGAGUCAUGUCACCAAGAGUCUCCAACCAUUGGUCACGAUAGUCACGCGGACCCCAACCAAGUAGCCUGCAUCUUCCAACAUGGCUCAGACUAGAAGUUAGUGACUUCAAGCACUGAUGCCACGUUUUGGUUUGGCCGUCCCUAACUUUCUUCCAACCAUCCCCAACACCAGUCAGCAUUACGUUUUAUGUUAAUCGGUGUUCAAGCAUGCGUAACACGUGGCCCAACCAUCUCAGUCGAUGAAGAUUCACAACCUCAUCAACUGAUUUACCAUCAUUCCCUAAUACCCUGCGUCUAAUAUAAUAAUAUAAUAUAAUAUAAUUAUGUAAAAGCACUCGAGUUUACAGAACCAAAUAGUCACAACUUUUUUCCCUCCUAUUCCUUCAUGCAAUUUAUGUAUCUUACCCUUUGUUACUAGCUGGAUUUACAUCUGAUGCCACCUCCCGCGCUCUUCUUGAUCUCUAGAUCAUUAUCUAAUCUAAUUCCUAAAUUUAUUUUACCAUCUUAGUGCGUUUAAUGUCCUAUGAGGUGUAACCGUUGAGAAUAGGUGUGUUUAGCCCUUUGUUUGUUCUAGCCUAUGUAAUGAAUGUAGGUGGUCUGAAACAACACAUUAAUGUCAUCAGUCGUCUAGAAUGACCUCCACUAUGGACAAAUCAAACGCUUCCAAAUAAUCAAUUACAUAUUGUCAUACUAUCGAAGACUGCAAGCUAAAAUUUCUGAAUUACUACUCCCAUGUAAAAAUGUUCGGGCCUAAUAUGUCGUUUAUUGUGUUAUUCAACUAUCACCUUCUUAGGGUUUUGCCAAUAAAAGAUUAAAUCUGUUAUUCGACAUAGAAACGGGAGCUCGAAACUCUUGUGCUGUGUUUCCUUGAUAUAUGAAUCCAGUGUGUAUUGGCUUCGAAGUCAGUCAUAGUUGCCAGCAGGACAUUGACACCUUUGGAUGUCGACUCAGCAGUCUAGCGGUUAGAUGUGUCUACACGCGAAACCCAAGAUCCUGGAUUCGACGCCCACGUGUGGGUCCGUGGGUAAACACUCCUGGGAAGUCCCAGACCAGAACAAAACAAACGUCCAGUGCUUCCAGGUUUUCAACGAUGACCUAACUUAGAUCGGUUCGUGAUUUCAAUGAAAUUCAUAGCUUUUGUGAGUUAAUGCUAAUGGAAAUAAUAAUAAACUGAUCGUUUCAUCAAAUUAGUUCCCUCUUAGCGGUCCGAACUUCAAUGUAAAAACCCGUUCAUUUAUUUUAUGACGGCUGAAUUUUUCAAACUCUUUCAUCUAUUCAUUAAAAAUUAUAUAUACAUCCCAUGUAUUCAUCUGGUUGACUGUUGUCUGCUUCAUAAAAUAGGCUUGCGUGUAUUGCGUACAGUAUGCUAUAAUUUUCUGCCUUUUUUAAAAGAUACUUCUAUUUUAGAUGUGGUUCAAUGGUACACAGCCUAAAACACACAUUGAGGAAGCUAAUCGUCAUCUCAACGCUUUAACAACUAGGAUUAAGGAACUGGAAAUACAACUCAAAACUAAGGAGGAAGAGUUAAACAAAAAGGAAGAAGACUUCAACAUAGUUAUGCAGGUAUUAUGGUUCAUUAUAACAUAUCUAGGUGAAUAUUUCAUGCUCAUUUUUGGUCAUCACAAAUCAGUAGAGUCUUGUCAAAUCAGUCGGUUAUUCAAUAGUAGAUAAUAAUACAAUGAUUAAAUACUACGACUCAUUUGUCGAGUACAGAUUGGGAUCAACUUGUGAAGUCUCAUUAUUACCAAUCUAUCCAUACUGAAUUAAGUGGGGUAAAAUUCAUAUUUUAGAUUUACUAGUUAAACUCCAAAUGUUCUAACCACUAACCCAACAUUGUAAAUGAAAGCGACCAGAAGUCUAAUAAUAAAUAAAGUUCUCCAGGUAGUAUAGUGUCUGCAUCAGUAAUAAUGACCAGAUAAAAUUGAUUACUUCUCACUGACCGAUUUAUUUGUGGAGUCCUAUUUAACACAGCUGAACUAGUGAUGAUACUUGUGACCGAAGGGCUAUGUAGUAGGAGUUCGAAUUUUUGAAUCAAACUAUACACCUUAAAUGACUACCACUAAACAACGUACAUUACUAGUGAUUUAAAGAUUUAGUCAGUGGAGUUGUAAUUCACACCCUAAAACAAUGAUGUGGUCAUUUAAUAAAUAUGAUUUACGAUAGGAAUAUAUGCUUUGCAGCACAAUAGGUUGUGUACAAUAAGGCUUAAUUUGACUUCGUUCAUAUUUGAUCAUCGUUUUGCUGGAUAUUAGUGUUUUUAUAUGGCGUGAUAAACCCUUAUUUUUCAACAAUCCACUUCAAAGGGUUAGUGAUUCGUGGGGAAAUAUGGCAUUUAUUUAGAUUUGUAUUAAUUGGUUAAUCAUCUUUAGCCACUAUGCACGUAAAUAUUUCAUAGUUUGCUUGUCAGUAGCCUAAGUAAAUCUAGUAGUUUUUAAAGGUAUUGUUGGUUUUUCUUAUGAAAUAUCUAAACUUGUUAUCUCUGGGGGGUAUUCCCCUCUGUCAUUCGUGUUGGAAUUCAUUUUAGUUCAGUUUUGCAUCUUCCAUGACAGUUGUGCUAAGGUUAUGAAACAGUCUUAUAUGGAAAAAUAUUUCAAAGCUACGUGACUUAACACUUUAAAAGAGAAUCUUUACUCUUGAUUGAAAUCCGAACUUCUAAAAUCUUGGCAAUCAUUUUAGCAAUAAUAUAUUGAUUUAAAACUUAGCAGUAUUUUAAACUUGAAUUAUCACUUAUAUAUGUGCUAAACAACGACCUCCCGUAGCAUUAAGCACACUUUAUCUGAUGGUUGUUACUUGAAUUUCUAACCAUUUUGUCUUCAAUUUUAGGAAGUACAUGUAAAACGUGAAACAGAAGUAAACAAUCUUAAUGAAUUAAUAUUUAAACAAAAUGUAAAACUCCAACGUUUAGAACGUGAUUUACUCAACCGGGACUCGGAACUCAGCGUUUUACGCAAACGUUGUCGUAUGUUUGAUGAAGUACUUAGAUACAAAGCUACAUUAGCGAAAUUGACUAUUACAAUGGAGCAAGCCGAACAGUAUGCAAAUUUAACAGCUAAAAGUUACCCAGUUAGUGCUAAUAGUAACGGUGUUAAGAGCCCUCUCGAUGUUAUCAACACAGAUCCAAGUCCACUUAUGAUACGAAAUGUUGGUUCGAGCACUGAUAUCACAGAAACUGAUUGUUUAAUUGAAGAAGUUGGGAAAACACUUAUCCAGUCUGAAGGUCAACGAACAAAAUCAUUGGCCCAUAUUGUUAGUAAUGGUCAGUUGUGAUUUUCUUUUGUAUAUGUAUUCUUGUUUACCUUUCUUACACUUUUCUAUUCCUUUUCACUGUCCCUUAAUAAUUGGCUCUAAAACUGGUUAUAUUUUAACACAAUAGUAUGUUAAUUAUUCCAGUUUUGUUUUUUCGAACAUUGUCUCUUAAUCUCUGUGAUUUGUUCUCUAUAAUGUACUUUAGUUUACACAUAAAAUUUUCAGUUAAAGCACACAUGCCUUAACUAGAACUUUAUGUGAUCACUUGAGUUGACUGUGAUAUUUUUCAAGAUACUUAACUUGUAAUUUAACGGUUACUGGUAGAGUUUUAUCACUGGAAGAUUGAUGGUAAUUGGAGAUGGAGGAAAAUUCAAAGGAAUCAUCAAUUUAAACUACAACUUGAUUCAAAUCUUAACACGAUUUAGAUUUUCGUGUAAAAACAUUAGGUUGAGAUUUUAUGUGUAUGAUGAAAAAUUGUAUGUAUUACUGUUAUGGCCGCAGAUUAUUUCUUGUACACUGAUAAAUUGCAAUUUGUUGUCCACAUAUGAUUGAUAAGAUAGUUCAUUUUCUGUUAUAUAUAAGUUUUCAGUUGAACGGUAAAUGUCAUCCCGAUAAACGACAGUAAAAAGUACAAUACGUCAUGCUUUUAACAUAGGUUAAGUACUGUGACCUCAACUGAUGGUAUGCACACUAUAUUAUAACCAAAUGGGUGUAAAAGAAAAAUGUACAAGAUGAAGUUUUGUACUAAUAAAGACUUCUUAACACAUAUAUUUCUAAAAGCUCCAUACUAGUUUCAAGAAGUUACUAUUUUUUCUAUCAUAAACUUAACUCUUGCAUAAAGAAUAUAAACGGAUGAUCAGAAGUACAUUCAGGUUGUGAAGUAUCCGACGGGCUAAAUUUAAGGUAGGCACACGCUAUUUCAAACCUAGUGUGUUUUGUCUUGCUUAUUAUUUUGAUGUGUGCUAUCAAUAGCUAAUUCUGUUCUUCAUUAGUUGUCUGUAGACUACUUGAAAUUAUGCUCGACUAAAUAUCUCAGUGAAUCCAAAUAAUCGCCUAAGUGUAGGAAUUAUUUGUUGUUAAACUUGAGGAAAGCUAGUAAACCAAAAUAAAAGUUCCUGAACUUUCAAAAUGAGGAAUCUAUCCAGCUGUUCAGACUUUAUGAGAAACGUGGGCUAAAUGACAUUAUUUAAUCUGUACAUUAGAAUGGAUUUGCCUAAUACAUUUUUCUAACAGUUAAUUGUAUGAAAAUUAAGAAAGAUGAACAAUUCUUGAGAAAUAAGAUAAAAAUGGAUCGAAAGUUCGAUAAGAACUUUGAAAUAUAUUCCAAUGGCUAGUAUUUGAGUGGAAAUGUAACCUAAAGCCAACAUGAAUUGUAAAAUGAACUGAACUGAUUUCCACUCAUGACUUGUCACCCGUUUGAAAGAGAAUAAAAAUACAACUGCUGUUAAAGUUGAUAAUCGCAUAAAUAUGUUUAGAUUAAAAGCAGCACUCGGAAUGCGCAUCACAUCAGUAGGUUAAUAAAUAAAAUGUAAAUCAGUAUGUUUUGGCAGAUGAAAAUUUUGACAGUACAUUAGUGAAGUGAGACUUGAGGAAAUAAUAAUGGGGAGAGUAAUUGUGUAACCAAUAACAACAGAGGGUUUAAGGUAACAAAUCGCGCAAUUGGAAAAGUUAUGGGUGUUGCAAAAUCAGUGAUAAAGUAAUAAUGAGAUGCAGUUGUUAUGGCAGUGUGAUGUUGGUUAACCCACUUCUAUAUACAGGUGUUAGGUGGUCGAAAGCACUUGAAGACUCCUAUAGGAUGAAUCACUCAAUGCUUUCUGAGCGUUGUUUGCUUACAGGGUGUCUUGAAAUGAGGUACCAUCGAAAAGAUAAUUACGUCGGUACAGACGUCUUUUCAAACUGGUUUUGUAUAUCAUCUCGUAUAUUUAAUCCGUACGAGGCUUGCUCUGCUUCUUUUUACCACAUUUCUCUGUUACCCGGCAGCGGGG